AUGAGGCUCGGCGAGCAGCACGUGGGCGUCCGGCCGCAGGAGGUGCGCGCCGCUGCCGUCCGCGGCUGGCGCGCCGAGGUCGCCGAGUACAGUUUCCUGGAGAUUGGCGAUACGAGGAUCGACACGGUCAUGGACUGGGACGGGCUGGCGUGGUCGGAGAGGGAUCUCGGGCUGCGGCCUCUGGCUGGCGCGCCGAGGCUCGUGUCGAAGACGUCGUGGGACAAGGGGCGCGUUGGCGGCGAGGGGGCGUGGCAUCGGUGGGAUGCGCGGUUCUGGGCGAGGGAGCAUUUUGAGGGUCACUCGUUUGUCGAGGCAUAG